CUUCCAGCUUCCUUCUCGGGGUCAGCUGUCGCUCCCUAAACUAGGUCACCCACCAUUCAGGGCCGUGAAGGGAAGCGUGUGGCGUUAUCUGUCGUAGUAGCACACUCACUGAUUUGUCAUUGUGUUCAAGUGUUCGCACCACCCUUGUUUACGAUAACAGCUGAUUGUGUGUUGCUCUCUGCCCGGUUAUCAGCCCAAUCAGUCUCUCUCCCAAGUCACACCUGACGCACACUGGUAUUCCCUAGAAGCAGCCCUGAAGCCUCCACUUCAGUGGAAGUGUGGCGGCGAUACUCAGAAAUCAGGCGGCUUCACAAGGCCAUUUUUGAGUUACAUGCGAAACUUGACCUCUCAGGGCAGGUGCCACCCUUCCCUCGGGCCACCAUCCUCAACAGGUUUGAAGCUGAGGUGGUUGAGGCACGGCGACAGGCAACACUCAGUCUUCUAAAGUUCAUCGGCCAGCAUAGUCCUUUGUUCACUUCAGAGCCAUUUACAAGCUUCUUCCAGAAUGAUGAAAAAAAGGCUGGAGGACACUUUAAGGAGAAAAGGAAAGGAUCCAAAGGAAGGUCAAAGGAGGCAGAGAGCUUGGCUACAACACUGGGAAUCCAAGACAGUUCGUCCCUUUACUCGCAGCUAAGUGAAUCCGAUGAUGACUUGAGUUUGUGCUCCAACCCUGACCUUGCUUGUCUGCCCAUCCCAGCACCUUCUUGUCAUAACCUUGCUGAACCUGAAGGAUCUGUAGGUUCUGUUGGUGCUUGUGAACCCAAUAGUAGGAGUGCUGCAUUAACAAAAUCAAGAAUGAAGAAUGGUGCUGUAAGACGUCCUGGAAUCCCAGAGGAAUCUCAGAGAAAAGUUCUCAGUAAAACUUUGCAAGAAAGUCAUCAUGCACAGAAAAACACUGAACAAAUAAUUAAAGACAAAGUGAUUCAUAGCCAAAACGUGGAACAUUACCCCAAUAGCAGUGUUGAUGAUAGUGUAUUUGAAUUCCUGCAAAACAACCCCAACAUGCAUUUUGUAGAUACAACAGACCUCAGUGAGAAACAUAUCAUUAACUCAUCCAUAUCCAGCUCAUCAUCUCUUUCAUAUUGUGUAUAUGAAAACCCAGUACAUGAUUCUCCUUCACAUCACGAUCCCCACUACAUGGAGCCACAGCCAUCCGAAGAAGCUGUGUCUGCCAUCCUCCAUCCACCUCCACCCCCUGACACAGCCAAACCAGUCAAUGCCUCUGUUAGGAAGAGUUCAGUGCCUCUCACCCCCCUUACACCCCUCACCACGACUGUGACUCCGUUUGUCCCAACACACAAAACCCCUAGCCCUCAGGAAGUAGCCAGUAGUCAGUAUAUCUUUAUUGCAGCACAGCAAAUUAGUGAAGCACAGCAACAUGAGAAGCAGAAGGACUACAAGAAAGCUUUAAAUAUGUACCGAGAAGGAGUGGGUACGCUACUUCAGGGAGUUCAAGCUGGUACUUCUGUGGACCAAACUAAAAAACAAGGUGAUAAUGAUGGGGGUCGAAGAGAUGCAGUGAAAAGGAAAACAGCUCAGUACUUGCAGCGUGCAGAGCAGCUGGUGGCCAGACUCACACGCAAAGACAAAAAGCGAGACCAGUUCCUGGAUGGCCCUACAGCUGAGCUCAGCCAUGAUGGGGAGGGAGACUUGAAGUGUCGUGCCACUGACCUUCAAAGGUAUAGGGUGGCUGGGUCUACUGGAUCUGUUAUCAUUGCCACAGACACUUCCAAUGGAGACACAGUGGCUAUCAAGAUCCUCAUGAAAAGUGGGAGUGGGAGAGAAGACAGUUGUGCCAAGAGGAGUGCCAUUCAUGGUGCCUGUGAUUCGCUAUCACGAGACAGACACAGCCAUUUACUUGGUUCUUAAAUUUAUAAGGUAAUGUAUGUUUUUAACUUUUUACAUUCUGCUUAUUAGAAUCAAAUGUCAAAUUAGAAUUCUGUUGUGAAUAUGAGUCUUUGUAUGUGCUCAUUAUCUAUGAUCCCUGUCAUAUGCAAUAUCAAAAACUAAUUCAAUUUUCGUGUGGCUUGUCAGUAUGUGUUAUAGUACAGAGAAACUCACGAGAGCUAGGCAGCUUUCCACGUAGCAUCUGCAAGUAUUCAUUUUACCAUUGUUACACAAUCAUGAACUUUUCCGAACAAUAAUCUAUGAUUGAUCUGCAAUCGAUUUUUUUUUAGGAAUGUAAUCCAAUCAUAUAGCGAGCGAUGCCUGUAAUGUAUGUGUUAACCUAAUG